UUCACGUUUGGGAAUGGAUUUUAAAGUGAGGAAUGUUUAAGUCGUGUUUUACUGUUUUUUCCACUAGCUCACAGACGAAAUGGCAAAUAUCCUUUUGGAAUUUGAUUCCUAUCCGGAAUGAAAACAACAUUUAAAGAGGGUUAAAAUGAAGACUCUAUUUUUAUACGGACUCGUGUUGCUCUUUGUCGUGAUAGCUCAAGGAGCCUCUUUCUAUGGUGAUGGAUUUGUGCAUCUGAAGACGGUGGAAAUGUCUGGGCGUAACACCCUCCAAAUGCGUUUCCGCACCUCAAGUCAAAGAGGUGUGCUCUUCCUGGCUGCAGGGCAGGCGGAUUACCUGCUGCUGGAGCUGAGCUCUGGUCAACUACAGGUAAGGUUGGAUCUUGGCUCUGGGGAGAGGAUUCUGCACUCAGACAGGGGGAACCCACUGAAUGACUUUGCUUGGCAUACAGUAGAAUUUCUCCAUGACUGGUAUAAUGUCACCCUCACUGUGGACAAGUAUUUCCAGACCAGCCAGAGACUACCAGGACCACAGCAAGAACUCAGUAUCAAGGAUGGUCUAUAUGUUGGUGGGACGGGAGGCUUGGAUAAACUCUAUCUUCCUAGCGAUAUUAUAGGCUUUCGUGGGUGCCUUGAGGGAGUGCUGUUCAAUCAACACAAUCUGCUCUCCUCACUUAGGUCCUACUCUGGUUUAAAGAAUGUUUAUGAGGUUUCCCUUGGAUGCAGCCCCCUGUUCUUUGCUAGUGAAGAGGACCCAAUCAGCUUUUUUAGUUCCAGAGCAUACAUCUCUCUUCCUACUUGGUCUGCACAGCAUGAGUGGCUCCUUGAAUGCUCUGUACAUACCUCAGCUAAAGAGGGAAUCAUUAUGUACAAUUCUGCCCGACAGGGAGACUUUGUUACCAUGGAGAUUCAGGAAGGCUUGCUAGCUGCUGUGGUGGGGAGAGAUGGUGUGAAAACAGAGAUACGAUCUCUGACUUUCAUCAAUGACAAAAAAUGGCACCAUGUUAAGCUCUACUUUACAUCCAAAAGUUUGCAGCUAACAGUGGAUGGAGAAACUGUGAAGUCCAGUAUAAGCUCCAGAUCAAAAGCCUUGCAGUUAAAAGGCUUUCUUUUUCUUGGGGGAGUUGAUGAUAGCACUCGUGCUGAAGUGAAAAGGGUGGGCUUGGCAUCAGUAGCUGGGAAGCGGAUUAAAGGUGGCUCCUUCAAAGGAUGUUUUAGGGAUAUCAAGGUCAAUGGAGUCUCAAGAGGACUUCCCAAUGCUGUGGUAACCAAAGACAUAUCUCUGGGCUGUGAGCCAGAAAAAGAACCUGAGAUAAGCACCACUAUGGGCCCGACCACUGUGCCUGGGACCUUUCUUGGCUCUAUCACUCAGUUACCACCUAUAGGUAUGUCCACUCUUGCCAAAGGUCUUGUCAAGAAGUAUGGACAAAAUUUCCUGCAGCUUCGAAACCUUGUUGUGCCAGAAGGUGGACGUGCAUCCUUGGACUCAAAACACAUAAAAGUGAAUUUGGAUUUCAAGAAGCUCGGCAUCCGACAGUCUCAGAUCGUGUUCAGGAUUGAUGAGCAGCCUGUGCAUGGUCAGCUCAGGUUCGAUUUGGACCAGGAGCAAGAAGAAAAUUGUUUUAGCAUGCUGGAUCUGUGGCAUAGCAGAGUGAUAUACAUCCAUGGGGGGUCUGAAGACCCACACGAUCACUUCAUGUUCUCUGUGUUGUCCAGUAGUAGAAAAGAGACACCAAGCUAUCUGAAGGGACAUAAACUGUACAGAUUCAAUGUUACAGUAACACCAACUAAUGAUGCCCCUGAACUGAGUCUGCCUGAUGGGAAUCUCUUUACUCUUCUUGAGAACUCUAGAAAAAAGCUCACUACCGAAGUGUUGAAAGCCACGGAUGUAGACAGCAACUUUGCAGAGUUGGUUUACUCUGUAUUGGGAAACCUGAAUGCUGAUGCUGGGUUUUUAGAAAUGGAAGAUAACCCUGGUCAGUCUGUCACUUCCUUCCAUCACUCAGCUCUAGUGGCUGGAAAGAUAAGCUAUGUCCACACGGGAGUAAGGAACUCGAGGAUGGCCUUGAGAGUUAGUGAUGGAGAGAAGGUCAGCAACACAGUGGUGCUAAGAAUUAUGGCUAUUGGAUUGGAGUACAGCAUUGCUAACAACACUGGGCUGGAGGUCACACAAGGAGAAAUGGGUCUUAUAAACACCAGUCAGUUAGCUGUACAGACCAAUGCAGUGAGACAAGCGGUGGACAUUCGUUAUGAAGUUACUGAGCCACCAAGGUUUGGUGAACUGCAGAGGCUCCACUCUAAUGGAGAAUGGAAGUUAACUAAUUAUUUCUCUCAGAGAGUUAUAGAGAAGGACCGCCUGAGGUACCUUAGCACCUUUAAGGCUGUUCAGUCAGGUAACAUUAAUGACCACUUCAAAUGUAAAGUCACAAUUGCAUCAAAAUCCACUGUGCAGUUGGUGUUUGCUAUAAAGAUAAAAUGGAUAAAUUACACUAUAGAGAGGAAUGAAAUGAUUGAGAUGGACAGAAUUAGGAGAGUAGCAGUUGACUCUCAGCAUCUGUAUGCAACAGCACAAGGUGUGAUCUUAACUGAAGAUGAGCUUUAUUACAGGCUCCUCUCUUCCACAAAGAAAGGAAUAAUUUUACUGAAUAAACAGCAGUUAGGGGAAAAUUCUUCAUUUAGUCAAAUGAAUAUUACCAAUAUGAAAGUAGAAUAUCAGCUGGUGGAUAGACCAUCCGAGGAUACAAGAGACAACUUUGAAUUCCAAGUGUUCUCCAAAUAUGCCCACUCAACCAGUCAUAUAUUCAUGAUAAAUAUUAAAGCAGACAUGAACAGCAUUUUCAUAAAAAACAAUGGACUUUCUGUUCUUGAAGGUGAGAGCAAACUCAUCACAAAAGAUGAGUUGUUUGCUGAGACACUAAGCACUAAAGAGAUGUACUACACAGUCACUAAGAGUCCAAAAAAUGGCAAACUAGCACGAAUCAACCUAUCCAACUCAACAAAAGAAUAUGACAAACUAGUCUCCUUCACUUAUCAGGAUAUCUUAGAAGAGCGGCUUAUGUAUGUUCAUGACAAUAGCGAAACAACUCAUGAUCAGUUCAGUUUUAUAGCUUCUACAAGUUUGUUAGUCAAAAGCUCUGUGAAUGACGAUGAGGUUGGCUCCAAAGAAGGCUUGUUUAACAUAUCUAUACAGCUGCUAAACGAUGAAAAGCCUGUCCGUACUGUGGAUAAAGUUUUCCAUGUUGUCAGAGAUGGGCAAAGACUGCUGACUGUGGAUGAUCUGUGUUACCAUGAUGCUGACUCAGACUUCAGUGAUGGACAUCUUAUCUAUACACGCCGCGGUAUCCCUGUGGGAGAUCUGGUGCUUGUAAAUGACACUACUCACAAACUGUACCAGUUCCGCCAAGAGGACCUUGAACAAAAGCGAGUGCUGUUUGUUCAUCGUGGCGCAAGCUCGGGGCGCUUCGUGUUCUUUGUUUCUGAUGGGAAGCACUAUGUUUCCUCUCUGUUGGAUAUAAGCGCCCAGGACCCAUACCUGCAGGUUGCCAAUAAUACAGGCUUGUUGGUCCAAAAGGGGCAGGCCAAGACAUUCAGCAAUGCCAAUUUUAGUGUGGUCACAAACCUGGACGUCAGAGACGACAGUGACAUCACAUUUGAGGUUCAUGAUGCUCCAAAGCACGGCUGGCUGUUUUUAAAAGACAAGAACAUUGAAUCGUUUACCCAGCAUGAGUUGAAAAAUAUGUUGCUGUCUUAUCGCCAUGACAACAGCAAGACUUUGGGAGACUUUUUAAGUGUCGCAGUGAAAGCAGAAGGGCUGCGCCUUGAAGCCAGAAUCAAUGUUAGAGUGUACUUGGAAAGCCACCAGAGACCCCCUGUCAUACUUCACCACAAAACCUUACUGGUAGAGGAGGGCAAACCUGUAAAGAUUGAACGUAUAACACUCGAGGUCACUCAUGAAGCAAAUAUCCCUUCAGAAAUCAUCUUCAAUGUCAAAGUUGUUCCAGCCUAUGGAUACCUGCGUGGUUUUGUUGAUGGUGAAGAUCGAUACCAGGGAACUGAGGAAAAGCCUUUGAUGGCCUUUACACAACAAGACAUUAAUGCUGGCAACAUUCAGUAUGUACAGAUAAUGCCCAACCGAGUGAAUGACACUUUCAUUUUGGAAGCCAGCAAUGGAGUUGCAGAAGUCAGUGACAUCAUUUUGUCUGUGGAUAUAAUCCCUCACUUCAUACCUGUUGAAGUCUCCAACAUUACUCUGAAAGAAGGUGCGGCAAAGGCACUUACAGAGAAGACCAUCAGGGUCUCCAGUCAGCAUUUCAUUGGCAUCCAUUUUGUGUACUUUGUGUCAGAGGGACCCAUGCAUGGUCACAUUGAAAAUUCUCGUUUCCCAGGGAUACCCACAACAUAUUUUACCAGGAAACAGGUGGACCAAGAGUUUAUCUACUAUGUCCAUGACAACUCUGAGACAUUAGAGGACCACUUCACAAUUACAGCCAAUGACACAAACCUGAGAAAACAUAGUGCACCCAGGACAGUUUACGUCCAAGUCAUACCUGUCAAUGACGAGCCUCCAGUCGUUACAGCCAACAAAGUCCUCAGGGUUUGGGUCGGCUCUGUCACAGAAAUCACCCCGGAAGAUAUGAAUACGGUGGAUGAAGACAGUGGCCCAGAAGAGCUCCGCUAUAUCACCACUCAGCCGAGUAAUGGACACCUGGCUCUGAAGAGUGCCCCCACCAGGCCAAUCAUGGACUUCAGUCAGGCUCACAUUGACCAGGGCCAGCUACUGUUUGUGCAUAGUGGAGCCAUGGCUGGAGGCUUUCACUUCCAGGUCAAUGAUGGCGUGAACUUCACACCAAGACAGAUAUUCAGUGUCACGGCUCGUGCCCUGGUUCUCCAUCUGGAAAAGAGUGGCCCCCUCAAAGUGUUUCCAGGCUCUUUAUCUUCCAUUUCAAAAGAGGUCCUCAGAGCAGUAACCAAUGACGAUACAGGCGAUUCAAGCCGCACCAUUCUUUUUACUGUCCUUAGUCCACCAAAAUUUGGAAAACUGGUUAAUGUGAGGGCAGCUGAACCUAAAGCAGAGAUUAUGUCCUUCACACAAGAAAUGGUAGAUGAAGGUGAUGUGGCAUAUGAACAAAAUGUGAAUUCGGGAGGAUGGAUGUCAUUAGACAAGUUCACAUUCACUGUGUCGUCAGCCCUUGCCAGUACUGAGGAUCAGACCUUUGAUAUCAGCAUCUCUUAUGAAAAUGCUGAACCUGAACGACGGUCGCGCCUUCUUAAAAACACAGGGGCUGUGGUAACAGAAGGGGAUAAAGUUGUUAUUGACAAAGCGACACUGGAUGCAUCCAAUCUCCUUACAAAGCAGCCUGAGACUCAUCGUCAUUCCUAUGAAGUUUGGUAUCAGAUCAGGUCCUUGCCCCAACAUGGCAACAUUGUCGUGGGUGAACGGAACCUCACGAAGGAAAAACCCUUCUUCUCUCAGUUCAUCCUGAACAAAUAUGGAAUAACCUAUCAGCAUGACAAUUCUGAGACCUUACAUGACCACUUUGUCUUUGAUGCGUUCCUCAACCUGAAGAGCAAGCCGGCGCAACGCCCUGUAAAUGACGGUGACGUGGUAGAGGAGGUAUUCAACAUUACCAUCAUCCCAGUGAAUGAUCAGCCACCCAUCCUAAAAACCAAGGCUCUGAGACUCAAAGUAGUCCAAGGGGACACUGUGGCUCUUGGACCCAGCCAUUUGAGUGUGGCAGACUUGGACAACCCCCCUGAUCAAAUUCAAUAUACUGUGAUCAGUAAACCUAGCAAUGGCUACCUUGCUCUGGCAGGAAGCUUGAAUGUAUCAGCGGAUGCAUUUUCUCAAGCCCAGAUCAACAACGGUGAGGUCUUCUUUGUUCAAGAUGGCAGCCCUUUGUCUGGGGUGUUCUAUUUCAGUGUCACUGAUGGACAUCACCGUCCAGUCUACAAACUAUUUAACUUGGAGGUGUUGGAGAUUGCCGUUUCACUUAUCAAUCAUACACAGGUGGUGUUGGAACAGGGGAAAACGACAGUGGUGCUCACUGAGUCACAUCUGACUGCAGUGACUAAUGGGAAAAACACCACAGUCCACUAUAAAAUAACAUCUCCUCCAAGAUACGGUAAACUUCUGUUGGACAAUGAAGAGGUUGUUGCUUUUGAUCAAGAGGAUCUCCAAGCACGCAGACUAAGUUAUCACAUGGUCAACAUUGUGUCCUCUCAGGAUACAUUUGAGUUCACUGCCUUCACAUCAGAGGCAAAUCUGACUGAUCAAGUAGUUAAUAUCACAGUCAAACCUUUGAUAAGGUAUGGAGAAAGUGUAAAGAUCCCAAAUGGUAUCCACAGUAAGAUCAGGGCAGAUUAUCUGAAUGCCUCUGAACUCGCCUUGAUGAGUGGUAGUGAUCCAUUAUUUGAAAUCCUGUCCCCUCCAAUGUAUGGCAAGAUUCUUUACAUAGAGUCCAACAACGGUAACAAUGCAGAACCUGUGAGGACAUUUGCUUUUAGUGAACUGCAGCAGGAAAAACUGGCCAUUGAAGUAAAGGCUAACCUUACUGGUGUCCAGGAGGUUAAUGACUCAUUCAUAUUUAUUGUAAAAGCUGACAAUCUCCAGCCUGCAAAUGGGGAAUUCAUCUUUACCAUUGUGUCACUUGAUUCUGCGCUCAUGAUAACAGCUCUUCCAUUGUACACAAGUAGUACUGCUUCACCAAGUCUGACCUCAGUGAUGCGCUCUGUUGUGCUUUCUACAUCUUCUUUAGUUCAAGUCUCACAAGUGACCAAGCCUGUGCCAAAGUUCAAAGGGCGCAGUCGCUGGGGUAACACAAACAUUAACUCAAAUGCGAGUGCUAUCCCUAAAACGACUCAUGGACAGGAAAUCACUCCUGUGAGGAACACUCCAGUAAGGAUUGAGUCAGCACCCCAGGAGAGCUCCACCAACCCAAUACUCAUUGUUCUUCCACUGCUAGCUCUUCUGCUUCUUGUAAUAGUAGUGGUGUUGGUGCUGCUUUUGAGGCAAAACCAGCAGAAGAAGCAGAAACCUUUGACCGGGGCUUCCUUCCCUCCAGCAAGUCCAGAUAGCAGGUCCUGUCAAGGCCACCCAGAGAGGAGCGCAAGGGUUCCUUUAGUGACAGUCACUCCUCUCAGCCCAAGCAACCCUGGCAGUCCAGCUCUGACAAGACUUCAGACAGGCAGUGGAAACUUUGCCUAUGGGCCAACCCUGACUGUCUGCUCCUUUGGCAACCUUGAGCAAGAAGCUUCUCACUUCUGCAGGACCACUAACCCCACCUUACAGCACAAUCAGUAUUGGGUGUGAUGUGCUCCUAUGCCCUUUCCCAGUCUCAGAUUGAUUGUUAUUUGCUGGCUGAAAUAAUUUUAAGUGUUUGAAUCUUUUUUUUUUUUCCUCCAAAGAAAGAUAUAAAUUUUUUUGUUUGUUUUGUUUUUGUGGCUGCUAUUGUUGCUCUGGUUGGGCAAGGCACUUUAACACUUGACAACUCUUUUUAAAUGACAGGCAUGAUGUGCAGUAAAACUGCGCAUGAUUCGGAUAUGUUAUCAACUCCUGUUCUGAUGAACUCAAAAGUUCAAAGUUCAUCCACUCUUAAGCAAACCGACUAGAAUUUAUUUGGUGGAUACAGAAAAUACUCUGUUUUACUGGAAAGAAAUGCUUGAAUAGAAUCUUGUGUUCAUGCCGACCUCCACGUGCAUUAUUGGCACACACACCUUCCCCAAAUUAAUUAAAACAUUUGAAGCACAUCCUGGUCCUUCAAAACAAGACUGAGAUCAAACAUUUCAAACUUCCAUGCUGGGAUGUUUUAGAAGAAUUUCUAUGCACACUUUAAUUUAAUUUCCCAUUUUAUUUGGCUGUAGGUUUGCAUUAACAUGUCAAUGUCCAAGGUAGCUCAUCUGCUAUUUGUUUCCUGUGACGUACACAUUUAUCACAGUCAUAAAUUGUAUGAGAAUUUAAUUGGACAAAGAUCUUGAUAUUUCCCGAGUGUGUAAGAAGAGGCAGCGUCAUCUAACUUUCACAAGACCUCUGGUGUCCAGUAAACUUUGCCAGGGGCAGUGUAACUAGUGUGUUAUGACAUUACACUGAUUUGGGUUUCUGUAAAUGCCCUUACUAAAAUGGAUGCCUUGACUGCCCAUCUCACCAGCCAGGGCUGGGUGUAGUUGUACUCCUGACCCACUUCAUUCCCGUCAGACAAGCAAAUGAUCUGGAGAUUUAGAUUAUAUGGAGAUUAUUAUAGAUAAUAUAUAAUCUGGAGGAAUAGAUUAUAUAUUCUACAAUAAAAUAUCUGCGAUUUCCUUACGGUACUCUAUACUUUUAUGCUGAUAAUUAACUGAAGAUAUUUAUUUAUAGUUGUAGGAUUAAUUAAAUACUGUAACUUUGUGAUACACAAACUUUAUUUAAAGCAAAUAAUGGUUUACCUACUUAAAUGAUUAUUCAUUAUAGUAAUUAAUUAUAUUCAUUAUUAUUCAUUAUAAUUCCGCACAUUUUUGUAUUCUCAGGAAUCGGGAGAUUAGAUCAGACACUGAGCCACAACAUUUGUUUUUUGGGACAUUGGUAUAUCAGCAUAAUGUCAUAUGAUCUUGUCACUGAGUUAUGGAUAUAGAGCAACAGCUCCUCUUAUGGAGGGGAGCUGUCCUCUUAUGAGGUGAACAUUUUCAACAUGUGGAGCUACUGAAGGUAUUUGCAGUGCAGUUAGUCAUUUCACUGGACACAUGGGUAUGGCUGUCUGAAGCAUAUGUUAAGAAAUAUCCUGUGUGAAAUCACUUCAGUUUAGUUUCUUAUGCUUCAUCUUCUGUCACAUUUUAUGUAAUGUACAAAAAAUGAAAAGAUGUAUUACAAAUAAUAUAUACACUUUGCUUGCACAACUGA